AAAUAUUAUUGAAGUGGGAUCUUUUGUCAAACAACUUACAUAAAAUAUGUCAGCUUCAGAAGAAAAGGAAGAUAAGACGCGAAGUUUAGAAACCAGUCAAUUUAAAGAAUUAUUGGCAGAGCGUAUAACGACCUUGGAAAGUAGCCAAGACACUGAAGAGGAUAAGAGAAUAGAAAACAAAUAUAAGACAGCUGUCAAAGAAGGCAAAGCAUUGGCUGAGUCAACAGACAGUACACCCGAGUCCAAACUGAAGUCUCUUUUGUGGAAAUAUAUAAAUAAGUGUACAGAAUGUAAAAACUUGGAGUAUGACGUCUGUAGGGAGAGACAAAAGAGCAUCGUUUUGGAAAGAGAAUUGGAGGAUAUUUGUUUCGAGAUGAAGAAAUUGAGAGCUGCAAAACAGAAAUUGGAAACCCUCAGUAGAGAAUUGAAUAAACAAAACAAAACACUAGCAGAGGAAAGCGAACGACGCCUCAAGGAAGAAAAGGAAAGACAGGCGGAGAUAGUAAAAAAGUUCAACGAAGCCAUGGAAGAAAUCAACUCGAAAAUUGAAUAUCACUCAACAAAAGAGGCGGAAAUGUACAAGCAAAAGUUGGAAGAAAAGAUAGAGGCCUUUCAUGUUUUGCAGGAAAAAUAUGACCUUCGAGAAGAACACUUUGCUACUCAACUUGGAAUGAAAGAGCUGGAAGCAGAAUUAGCAAAGGCCAAGUUGAGAGAAGCAACGGAGGAGUUUGAGAGGAAAAAAGAAGAAAAUAAUUCACAAAUGAGAGAAUUCUUCUUAGUUGUAGAUACGUUACAGUCAAAACUUGCGGAAUAUGAUAAGAAAUGUUCGCAAUUCGAGGAAGCUUUGGAACAGAGCUCGUCUGUUUUUAAGAAAUAUGAAGACACCAUCGACAAGUUAUCCAAAACUGCAUUUAGUUUACAAGAGACCAAUGGGGACCUGAAGAAGCAGAAUGAAGAAGCGGGUUCGCAGCUUGCUACUCUCACAUCAGAAUUAGAAGCGGCUAAAAAGAAUGAACAAAAGGCAAAGGAAAAAUGUGAAUGCCUAGAAAAGCUUUGCAGGAGCUUAAGUGCAGAAAGAAGCUCCCUUCAGAAGCGAAUCGAUGAGAUAUGUACCGUUUGGUCAGUUGUUGAAAAUCAAAUUUCAGGUUUGAAAACACAGGUAGAAGAAGUAGGGAGUGGUAAAAUAUUAGAGUCUUUGCAGAAACUAAAGGAUAAAGGAGAACUUCCUGAAGGAGAGUUUGUUGCUAUGUUUGAGGAAUUUAGACGUUUGAACUUUCAGGAACGGUUUAAACUGUUUUCGAAGCUUUCAUUGGGUGUGGAUCAAAGAAACUCCAAAUGUGAGAGUAAACCAUCGAAAAGUAGCAAGUAGUUGACAAAGGUCUCGUUGGACACUUGAAAACGAUAUAUAAAUACAUACAUACAAUUUAUAGAUAUUUAUAUCUCAAGACAAGUCUUCAACGA